AUGAAACUUUCUAACAAACCUCUUUCCUCGUCCAAUGCCAACAUUGCUGCUUCCUUUCAAUACGAAGCAACCAUGACCUCCGUUGAUGAUGAGAAUGCUUUGUAUGAAAUGAUGACCAAAGGCUCUCUCUGCAAAAGAAAGGACUUUCUGGACAAGGAAGAUGAAGCAAAGAGUCAUCCUCAUAGGACAUUCUAUUACCGAAAGAACGUAAAUUUGGAUAAGGUGAUUGAGUCUUGUACCAACAAGCUCAUGGCGGAUCCAUCAAAUGUUAAGGCUUUACAUGCUCGGGCUCAAUCCUACUCAAAGAAAGAGGAAUUUGAAAAAGCCAUUCAAGACUUUACAUCAAUCAUUCAAAUACUCGUAACAUCAUCUCCAAGUGGAAUCAACAGCGUAAACUCAUCCUUUAAUACAAGCAAAGUGAGCAGUAGCUCGUUUCUUAUGGGUCCAACGAACUCUUCGCUUGUGAAUGCUUACUUUAAUAGAGGUCAAUGCCAUGAAAAAUUGGAUCAACUCGAUAAGGCUCUUGAGGACUAUUCGAUGGUAUUGAAAAUCGAUCCCAAUCAUGUGAACGCAGGCUAUAGUAAGGCUGCUUGCCAAAAUAGAAGAGGAAAUUUUCAAGCUGCCAUUCUUGACUACGAAUUUGCAUUGGAAAGGGAUCAAGAAAAGAGCCAAAUCAAUGCUUCUCCUAAACGAAGGAGAAGAGUGCCUCGUUAUAUUGCAGAGGGACAUAACACUUUUGAGGAGUAUAUGAAGAAAAAGGAGGAAACAGUGAAAGCCAACAUGAUGAAAGAUUUUACAAAUGAUGUCGCCCUUUCGUUCGAAAAGCAAACCAAUAACUCACAACUAAUGAACAAUAGUGGUGUGAGUGAUGUAUCCAUCAGUAAUGGCGUUAAGAGUUUACAAAUUGGAGAUCAACCAUCAACUUUAACCAAACAUUAUCCACAAUUAACCAUUAAGGUUGGAUCCAAGACAUCAGAGACAAACAUGGAAGAGAUUUCUCCUCAGGUCGUUCCGAUAUCCCCAGCCAUGAGCUUUAGACCAAGAUCACAUUCCAACUCACAAAACUCGUUACGUGUAUCUACAUCGAACGUUUCGCCAACAUUCGAAGAUGAAAAUAAUUAUGAUAUGAAUUACGAGUUCAAUACCAACGAAGGAACAUCUAACAAUACUCAAGAUGAUGAUAUGAGCGUGAAGAAUGCUGAUUAUUAUCAUUCUAGAGGGUUCUCACAUAGAAAGAAGGGAGACUUUCUUUCUGCUAUUAGAGACUACACAAAGGCUAUUGAGCUUAAUCCAAAACACUUUAAGGCUUAUUUCAAUAGAGGCUUCUCAUAUGAUAAGCUUGGACAAUAUCAGAAAGCAAUUGAAAACUACACAAUGGCUUUGAGUAUUGAACCAAGAAAUUCGUACACUUAUUACAAUAGAGGAAUUUCCUAUGAUAGGCUUCAACAGUAUAAUAAGGCUAUUGAAAAUUUCACCAAAGCGAUAGAAAUUGAUCCAUCCAAUGCUGAUUUUUUCCAUAAUCGAGGAUUUUCAUAUCGUAAACUUGGACAUUUUGAUAACGCCAUUCAAGAUUAUUCGAAGGCUAUUCAAAUCAAUCCAAAACACUUUAAAGCUUUUUACAAUAGAGCAUUUUGUUAUGACAAAAUUGCCAAUUUUCAAAAAGCAAUCGAAGAUUAUACCAUGGCAAUAUCAAUCGAUCCAAAGAACAUUAAUGCAUAUCAUAAUCGAGGAAGUAGUUAUGAGAAGGCAGAAAUGUAUGAAGAAGCCAUCAAUGAUUGGUCUACUGCUAUCAAGUUGGAUCCCAACAAUUUACCAUCAUUUAUUUCGAGAGGUCUGUUGUUGGAUCGUUUAGGAAGAUUUGAGGAAGCCAUUCAAGACUUUACGACUGUCAUUUCUAUUGAAAGCAAUCCAAGUGCUUCCAUGUAUAUCAAUAGAGCCACCGCAUUUAAGAAUAUGGGACAAUACGAAAAGGCAAUUCUCGACUAUACCAAAGCCAUUGAAAUCAAUCCAAACAAUACUCAAGUAUAUAUUGAUCGAGGAUUUUCAUAUCGUAAACUUGGAAAGUAUGAUGAAGCUAUUAAGGACUAUACGACCACUCUGCAAUUUGAGCCUGAUAACAUUAAAACGCUCAAUAACAGAGGAUAUUCAUAUGCGAAACGCUCUCAAUACGAGUUAGCUAUUGCUGAUUACGAUCGAGUCAUUAAGAUUGAUCCAAAGAAUGUUCAUGCCUAUCACAAUAGAGGCAUUUCGUAUGAAAAACUCAAGAACUAUUCACGUUCCAUUCAAGAUUUCACAAAAGUCAUUGAAUUGGAUCCCCAAAAUGCUAACGCUUAUUUCAAUCGAGGAAGUGCCUAUGAUUCCAUGGGAGAUUUCGACAAUGCCAUUCAAGAUUAUACAAAGGCAUUGGAGUUGGAGAAUCAAGCUGCCAAUCAACAGUCACCACCUGCGAUGAAUGAAAAUUGA